AUGUACAAGAUCGAUGACCACGUGACAUGUGCUGUGGCUGGAAUCUUGUCUGAUGCCAACAUACUCAUCAACACAUCAAGACUCUCAUGCCCCCAGAAGAGGCAAUCCCUAUUGAACAACUGGUCCAAUCAUUAUGCAACACCAAACAAGGCUACACACAGUUUGGUGGGCUUGGAGUCUCGUUUCUACUCGCGGGCUGGGAUAAAAGUGCUUAGCAAAACUAUGGAUAGCACGAGCAUUAAUUCCGAAAAGCGUGAACUGGCAGAGAUAUUUCUGUCUUCUGGGAAUGUGAAGUUCCGGAUUUGCCCAUCCGAUAACCUUAACAAACUGUUGGUGGAGUCCGGAUUGAACCAGCCCUCGUCUGCAGAUGUGUAA